UCUGCAAGUCUAUUAUUGUUUUCUUUUUGUUGAGCAUUUGAUUGGAUUGCAUAGGAGUCUGCAGAAAAACAAACGAGACAAAGAACCAGCAGAAAGAUGCCUCGCCUAAUCAACGGACGCGAGGCCGCGCCCACAUACUCAAAUUUGGUUGGCUUCAUAUUCAUUUUUAAUCUUAUCGUGGGAACUGGAGCUCUUACGCUACCCGGAGUUUUUGCCCGGGCAGGAUGGAUGCUUAGCCUUAUCGUUAUUGUUCUACUGGCCAUUAUUAGUUACAUGACGGUUACUUUUAUCAUCGAAGCGAUGGCCUGUGCGAAUGCCAUCAGGAAUUGGCAAACUCUACAGGCCCUGCGCCAAAGUCGAAGUUCCGCAGAAAACAGCGAGAAUGACGAUAAUGCCGAUGAAGUUUCUCUGGCAUCGGGAAAUGACCAAGUCGGUGACUUCGAGCGGGUUCCUUUGACCAUCCAAAAUCGGGAGUUCCACUACUACCAGCUCUCUCACAAAUUCGAACUAGGCGAAAUGGCGACACUCUUUUUCAACGAAUUCGGACGCGUAAUGUUCUAUCUUUGCCUGAUUGUUUAUCUUUACGGGGAUCUUAGCAUAUAUUCCGCCGCCGUGGCAAGAAGUCUUCGUGACGUUGUAUGCGAACAAACAAAUGGAACGGACACCAGUAACUUGAUGUAUUGGCCAGGGGACUUUAAGAAUAAUACAUCCCGACCAUGCUGGAAGGAACACACAAUAUCUCGGCUGAGCAUGUACCGGGUAUUUUUAGUUGGAUUCACUUUAAUAUUUGGUCCGUUCGCUUAUUUUAAUGUACAAAAGACAAAGUACUUGCAAAUGCUCACGGCUGCUUUCCGCUGGAUGGCUUUUACCCUGAUGAUUUGCAUAUCUCUUAAACUAUUGAUCACCAGAGGGCCCAAGGGGCAUCCACAGACCUUUAACAUAUAUGGCAUUCCCUCGCUUUUUGGUGCUUGUGUCUACUCGUUUAUGUGCCACCAUUCACUGCCCAGUUUGUUGGCUCCGCUUAGACAUAAGUCGAUGGUUUCCAAAAUUCUCUCAUUCGACUACAUUAUUAUUUGUGCAUUUUACAUUUUAUUAGCCAUGACAGGUAUUUUUGCCUUUGAACGAAUCGAAGACCUUUACACAUUAGAUUUCCUGCCUUACGAUGUGGAAUAUAUAGAUUUUUGGUCAGGUCUGUUAAUUUGCAUUGAUUAUUUUCUGGCGCUUUUCCCGAUUUUCACUCUGUCUACCAGUUUUCCCAUUGUCGCCAUUACACUAAAGAAUAAUCUGCAAUCCCUAUUCUUGGAUAUGUCACAAUAUGAAUCGUAUGGUCUUCUCAUACGUUUAUGUUUUCCACUGCUCGCGAUAAUUCCCCCUUUUUGUAUCACAUAUUUUACUGAGAGUUUGUCCAGUUUGGUGGCAUUUACUGGCACAUACGCAGGCACUGGCAUCCAAUAUUUAAUUCCAGUGUUUCUGGUUUACUUUUCGAGACGAACCUGCUCUGAGCUUCUGGGAAGUGGCGUGGUUAAUCGUUUUCAGAGUCCAUUCAAGUCCAGUGCCUGGCUGGUUUUUGUAUUUAUUUGGUCAAUAUUAUGUGUCUGUUUAGUUUCCAUUAAUUUGUUUAGUUAGGUUAACAAAAAAUAUUUAUUGUUUUAUGGCACUCAUUUUAUUACAAGUUAAUAAAUGUUCAUGUCAAAUUUUAAAUCUUACAAAAAAGAAAAAAAUAGCUCGUAUUUCGAAGUUGUAAAUAUUUAUACAUAUAUUUAUAUAAGAUUCGCGAAUUUAGCAAAAUAAGUCAGUAUUGAAAUCGGCUGUGAAACAACAAAUUUUCAAUAACCCCUUUUUCAGUUUGUGCAAAAAUUUAAACUUAUUUUAUCAGUGAAAUGUAAUAGUUGUUAAGAUUGCUCAUUACAAAUAUAUAAGUUAAAUUUCAUUAAAAGUUAAAA